AUGAAUAAUAAUACCAGUAUACUUACUCCUAAUAAUACUUACAAUAGUAACAACGAUAACAAUAACAGUAACAAAAAUAAUAGUUAUUACAAUACUUUUUAUCCAAAUCAAAUGGAUUUUCAGCCGCAAAACCAAUCAAUUAAUGAAGGAAAUUCAAAAAGGUUUAAUAAUAACAAUACAACUGGCUAUAAUCAAAGUGAUAAUACAAUUCCAAAGGUAUCUUCCUCAUCUUCACCGACAAUGCCCAUAAAUAACAAUAACCAUGGAUCUCCCCCAAUACAACAACAAUACAAUCCCCGUACAUACUCACAAAAUACUGGUAACACGAAUAACGUUGGUACAUCUAAUCUUCCGUCUAAUACGAGCACUGGGUUCUCUCGUAACAACAUUAAGGAUGAUGGUAGUACUAGCUUUUUACAACAACAGCAAAUACAGAUGCAGGAUCAGGGUCAUUUUGUGAAUAAAAAUAUUAACAAUAUUCCUCAAGUUGUUCAAGAACAAACACAGCAUUAUCAGCAACAACAGCGGCCUUUUUCUAUAUUAUCUUCACAACCUUUACCGAAUUCUGUUAACUCACAUCAACAAUUCCCACAUAACCACUACCAACAACAGCAACAACAGCAACAGCAGCAACACCACCACCAACAACAACAACAACAACAACAACAACAAUUACUAUUGCUUCAGCGACAACAGCAGCAGGAACAAGAGCAAGUAUUAUUAUUACAACGAUUACAACAACAGCAACAAGGACAAUCACGGGAGCAAUAUCCACAACAACAACAGCAACAAGGACAAUCACAGGAGCAAUAUCCACAACAACAACAACAACAACACCAACCAUCACUGGAGCAAUAUCCACAACAACAACAACAACACCAACCACUGGAUCAGUAUACACAACCACAACACCACCAACAACAACAGGAUUAUCAGCCAUAUCCUCAAGCUUCUCCUCUAAACAGUACUAUUUCUGGUAGUGAAUUUGUUUCCAAUAAUAAGAGUAAUAAUAAUAAUAAUAACGAUAGCGAUAACAACAACCACAAUAGUAACAAGAAUAGAAGUAAAAAUAAAAAAAGUAAAAAUUACAACAACAAUACACAAAAUACUACUACCAAUAAUACUACUGCUUAUACUAAUAUCUCCAAUAACAAUGGCAAUAUCAACUUCGGAAUGUUUCCACCAAAUAUUAAUAAUAAUAAUAAUAAUAAUAAUAAUAAUAAUAAUAAUAAUAAUAAUAAUAAUAAUAAUAACAGGAAAAUUACUUCACAAGGUAAAAAAUUGAUAAACGCUUAUAUCUAUGAUUUUUUAGUUAAAUCUUCUUUAAAUGACACUGCCUUAUUAUUUAGCAAAGAAGCACAAAUAGAAGAAAAUGGUAACAGGCCAAUUCCAAAUAAUGUUGAUACUACUAAUACUACAAAUUCUAGUUCCAAAGAUUUGCCUUACUUUAAAGUGUCCGCAAAUGUUCCACAAGGGUUUCUUUAUGAAUGGUGGCAGAUAUUUUGGGACAUUUUUAAUGCUUGUUCUAAUAGAGGUGGAUCCGAAGUAGCACAAGAAUAUUUUAGAUCCCAGGCCCUGCGUCAGAAACAAGAAGAAUUAUAUAGAGAUGCUGCCAUAAAAGUUGCGCAUAUCCAACAAUUGCUUGAACAAAGAGGCGAAUAUCAUUUAGAAUUAAUGGAGCAACAAAAAUAUAAUGGUGGUGGAUAUAAUAACAAUAGUAAUCCUAUGUUUAAAAGCUAUUUAAAUUUAGACAAAAUAUAUGGACCCACUAAUAACAAUAUGAAUAUUAAUAACACAGCCUUUACUAACACUAAUAUCAAUGAUACGAAUAAUACUAUAGAACCUAAUGUAGGUGCUCUUACUCCUAACCAUAUUGACAAUAUUUCAUCUUUUCAACAUAUGAAUAAUACUAAUGAGAACAAUCCGGGUAUACCAUCUACUAGCAUAAAUAAUAACGUGUUUAACGGUAGGUCAAAUACUAUUGUUAAUAACAAUAACAAUAACGGAAACUUUGUAACUAUGCACAAAACUCCCUUAAAACAUAUACCAGGUAAUAUGGGUGGUUAUCAAUCACAAUCACAAUCGCAAUCGCAAUCGCAAUCACACCCACAAUCGCACCCACAACAACAACCAAAACCGCAACCGCAACAACAACCCAAACCGCAACCGCAACAACAACCACCACAACAACCAAAGAAACAAGCGCAAAAUUAUGAUUUUUCCGAAAAGGAGUACCAGCACUCUACUACUCCUAAUUUUCCACCACCAAAUGGCACCGGUUUUGUUGGGGCCCCUAAGGAGGUUCAACAGGACAAUCUUAAGGAAAAAUAUUUAUAUACAAAUAAUUAUCAGCUUCAACAACAGCAACAAACUCGUAACAUUGCGUUAUCUCCCUUAUCACAGUCAUCUUCUCGUGUCACAUAUUCAAAUAAACAAAGUUAUACUUUUGAUGGUAAUAAUCCAAGUAAUAAUAAAAAUAAAAAUAAUAAAGAGAAAAUUAUGUUAAAGGAAAAGGAUAAAAAUCAGAACAAUACCAACACUGUGAAAAGCAAUAAUGCUACAGCCCCCUAUGAGAUAAGCAGUCUAUAUUCUUAUCAAAAGCAAUUAUUAGCAAUGGAAAAAAAAAAUAAGACAGGGAGCGUAAGUCCAGAAGUUACUAUGAAAUCUUCAAAUAGCAAUAGCAAUUUUAACAACAGUUUAGGUGCGAAUACAUCUAAACAUAAGAAACUAGCUAUGAAACCUCCAUCUAACCAGUCUCCCUACACUCAGGAAAGAUCACCUGAUUCUCCAACAAAUAAGACUUAUUCGAGUACUCCAAAUUCCAACAUAUCCAUUAAUAAUGCUGUGGGUGUUGAUAUUAAUAGUAAUAUUGGUAGCAAUUUUAUAGCAGAUGCUAAAAGUGCAACUGGUGAGACUCCUAAAAAUAUUAAUCAAGGAUUUACAGGUAGUAUAACUGGUACUAAGGGACUUAAGAAAAGAAAAGAAAAUUUCAAACAACAACAACACCAACAGCAAUUAUUUACUCAGUCAAAGAGAUAUCAUUCGGCACCGACUACACCUUUGAAUAUUAAUAACAAUAAUGGCAACAAAAAUCCCCCUACCAAUAUCAACAAUACGAAAAUUAAUAACGGUGGACAUAAUUAUAAUGUACUUUCACAUUCUUCAGGCAGUGGUUCUCCAUUGGGCCAUACUCCAAAAUCUGCGUUUACUGUACCAUCAAUACAACAUAGGUCAGACAGCUUCGUAGAAAGUAAAAGUAUAAAUUUAGAACCAGUCGUUGAAUCUUCGAACGAGAUUUUGAAUCUUUCAAACGGCGGAAAUAGCAACAAAAACAUAAACAAUAAUCAUGGUGGCAGCCUCAUUAAUAAAACAAACGAUAGUAACCCAGGAACUUCUGGACUUCAUAGUAGUAAUAAACCAUCCCCUUUAGGCAUGUCUGUUAAUACAGAUUUUUCUGUUACUGCUUCUUUCUCACUAAAUCCAAACCAAUUGCAUACAAAAUUAAAAAAAAAUGCAUCUACUACAGAUCUUCUAACAACAACAAAUAAACCCGACAACUCGUACCCUCAUAAUAACAAUGACAAGAUCAACAAAAACAAUGACAAAUCAGAUGCUAAUGAUCUGUUAAUGGAUCAUUCAGGGUCUCAUCUUCAUAGCUAUGUUCCAGCAAACGUUGCAGUCACAACAAGUAGCGAUACUAAUGAUGACAAUGAUGAUGUCCAUACACUAGGUGUUACUGCUACUACAGAACUAGCCAGUGAUCUGCAUGUGAAACAGGAUUCCAUUUUAAAACGUCAUGACACAGACACACAUAUUAGUACAGAAGACGGAUUAAUCGGUGAUAAUAAACAUACGGAAGAUGAUAUCACUGAUGCUAACAUUAGUAACGUAGACAAAAUUAUUGGGCAUGACGAUGACAUAGGCAUGGUUGAAAGCGGCGACGAUGAUCCAUUUAAUUUAAAUGUAUUUUUAACACAUGGUGAUACUGAUAAUAAUGAUUUGCUGGACAAUCAUACCUCUAAUAAUGGAAAAAAAGAUACAAGUGAUGAUAAUACUCAGAAAACUUUAGCUAUUGAUAAUAAGCAUAAAAGUAGUCAUAAAGAUGAUAGUGAUGUAUUAACUGGCAUUGGUAGUGAUAAAAAUGGCCAUUCCUCUAGUAAUGUUAGUGGAGCUGAUUCUCACCUUCAUAACGCUGAUGAUAAUGACAACGAUGAUGAUCAUGAUUUAGAUCAUAUUUUUGGCUGGUCAGAUGACUAA